UGACUCGGUUUAGUGAGUCAGUUUAGCAGCUGAUGAGAUUUUUGACGACAAGUGCCUACCCACUUAACUUAUCUAUUAACUGUACAUCAGAUUCAUCCGAGAAAGUGAAAGCACGUCCGAUCCCUCUCUUUAGCAUACAGAGCAUUGAGUCCAGCGUCAUUUGUCUUCGAUACCUGAUUUUUGUGGGCAGUCAUCCGGCUUCUCAAAGUCCAGCAUGGAUUGGUUCGAGGGAUCCAUCACCGAGGCCAUCGGUUCGGCCAAAUCACGUCAAAGGCUCUUCGUGGUGGUCGUUUUCGAUGGUGAGUCGGACGAGGCUCUUUUGGCCACCCUCAACGCCCCGGAUUUGGCUCCAUCUUUCCAAACAUGUGUCUGCAUCCGAUUGAAAAACGGCUCGCCUUUGGCCGAACAAUUCGCCCAAAUCUACCCCGUGGUCUUGGUGCCCUCCAUCUUCUUCAUCAACAGCGCCAAUGGCAUGGAUCUGGAAGUGACGGGGGGAGUCCAACUGUUGCAGUCCCAGAAUAUUGCCCAAAGCUUGGCCAAGGCCCAAGCUCGAUUUGCCCAGACGAGUCCGAGUCCGCCUGUGACGGCAGCGGGUGUCACGGCCGAAAGUGUGGCCUCGCCCCGCGGACAACGGGUCAUGGAAGCUUCGCAGUCAUUGCAAAAUUCGGCGCCCCGCGUUGAGGUGGCGAGUCCCGCCCCACUCCCAUCCCCUGCUGAAUCUUUAGAGGCCCGGGUGGCGCGCGCCAAACGGCUUAUGGCUGAGCGCCAGGGACAGAAGAAGGAACCCGACACGGAGCAGAAAAUCCAGGCGGAAGCACCGGAAAGUUCUGAACGAGGGGUGAACCCGGCCUUAGAGGAGGCCGCGGCCGAAAGGAAGCGUGAUAUGGAAGAGAAGAAAUUAGCCAAAGAGCGUGUCUUGCGGCAAAUUGAACAAGAUCGGGCCGAGCGAGCGCAAAAGUUCCAGACCCAAAAGCGUGAAGAGACGGAAAAGAAGGAGCGCUUGAGUACGAUGGCUCGCGAGGCCCGCGAGGCCGAAGAAAUGGCCAAAAGCCAUCCGAGUACGGCUCGGGUGCAGUUUCGGUAUCCCGAUGGAAGAAGUCGCGUUCAGCGCCUACCCGUUGAUAGCGAUAUAAACUCUCUUUUCGCUACCGUCGCCGAUGACUCUGAAAGGUCACCUGCACUAAAGGAGUUUUCGCUCUCCACGACUUUUCCGUCGAAAUGUUUGGACACAUUGCCUAGAUCCACCACAUUGAGAGAAUGCAAUUUGGUCCCUUCGGGCACGGUUCUGGUGCUGCCCAAGCGAGGUCAAGCCUUAUCCAGUCGGAACACUAGUGUGGGGCUCCUCUCGUAUCUGCUUUUAACUCCAUUCACCUUUCUGUGGGGAUUGAUCUCUUCAUUCUGGGGAGGCACUGGAGAAGCGCCCAACUUGUCGUCCCUCUCUCGGCCCUCGAACAACUCUCAUCAUACCACAAAUCCCACCAGCUCCCGACAAUCCGAUCCGGCAUCCGGAACAACGAACGUUCGACGUCGAGGGAAUGUGUCACGUUUGGCAGAUUUGAGCGAUGAUGACCAGGACAACAAAACUUGGAACGGGAAUUCAACCCAACAGAUGUGAGGCCUCUCCAGGCAAUCAGAGGCACGGUCGGCAUUGACCUGGGUUUGGUCGGCAAUAUUUUAUUUUCAUUCACUUCUAUUCAAACGGAUAUGGCCCAAUAAAGAUUCGACCUCAACCUGAA